AUGGUGCAUCCGACGGGUCACUUACUAACACGCCGCUUACACUAUUUUACUUUGCGCAUCGCUUACUAUCAUGGCUUGUGCGCAGGCUUCAUGCCGUCGCAUUAUAAUUGGCACAACGGUGAGCUACACCAGUCGCAGCUCUAUCUGAUCUAUAGCGGAUGUAUUCAACUUGGUUUUGCGCUCGGCACACCAUAUGCCUAUAGAAAGUAUUUGGAAAAAUCCAGUGAAAUAUUUGGGGAUGAAGUGAAACACUGGACAGAUAUUUUGACGAAUUCUGGUAGAUAUUUAACGUUCACAAUGCUUGCUCUGUUCGUUUGGAUGCGUCGUUGGGAGAUGUUCGAACUUUGGUCGGUCUUUUGGCGCUUGGAACGGCGGUAUGAGCGUAUCCUUCCUACAGAUGAUGGCAACACGACAAUGCACACACGUUGGCUUUUGCUCUACUACUUCUGGACACAACAUAUUGUAACGCCAUUGACGUCGAUUUAUGUGCUAUUGCAAUUUCCACGCCAAACAAACGCGCAUAUUGUCAUGACAUUCGUCAGUUGGGCAUUAUCGACCGUUCAGGUUAUGCUGGCCUACUAUACACUUUGCUUACACUGUCAUUUGUUGCAAAAAUUCGAAGCAAUCAAUUGCGAAUUACAACGCGUGCUGACGCUUCUAAGGAACUUGGCCUCCAUGGAAAGGACGCGUUUACGUUUGCUAACGCAGCGUUUGUCCUGCUUGGCUAACGCGCAUUUCGCCUAUUUCCGCUUGACUCAACGCCUGCUCGGUUUCGGUCAGCUGCCCUUUCUGCUCAUACUAAUUAAGUGUUUCAUUGUCAAUAUGACCGGGAUGCAUACCUGCGUUUGGCACAUAUUCCACUUGAGUUCGCUUUACAAUUUGGUGGCUUUAUUACUGGUCGUCGUUUUGUAUGGCAGUCUCGCGCCAUCUAUUGCUGGUUUAACUUGGUUGCUUUCUUCUUGCAAUAGAAGCGGUCAAAUAUUGCGCGACGCGAACGUUUUGGUGGCGCUACGCGACAAUUACGAACUUAUGGCAGUGCUCGAUCGCUUCGCUGUUUACUUGCGUUCCCACCGACUGCGCUACAUUGUUUGCGGACUCCUCGAUUUUGAUUUGCAACAAUGUUUCUCAUUAAUUGUUGUGGUGCUAGUGCAAGUGACGGUUUUAAUACAGUUCGAUAUGGAAGGGGAAAUUAAUAAAGUGUAG